UUCCCAGUUGCACCUUUGCAGAUGACUGCAAAGAUUCCGACUGGUUGUCCAUUCCUGAUGAAUGGCAGCAGAAAAUGGUUUCCCACAGAGUUGAGAAGGACUCCAGUGGACAGAUCGCACUAAGCAUCCAGACACACGUGACUGUGGGUCAGAACCCGUCCAAGUUUGCCUGUCAUUUCUCUGCAACUUCCAUUGAGCUUUGUAGCCGGAAUAGCCCUCCUCCACAGUUCCCACAAUGCACCUGCAUCCUGUCUAAUGGCGCGCUUCCUCCUGACGGCCUUCUUGUCGAAGUAAAGAUUAGACUUGGGAAAGCGCAUCUGUCGGAACAACUGGAAGUCACCAACUGCUCUGGCAUCAGUGGACCACUAAGUUCUGUUUUGUGCCAGCAGUGUAUCAAGGCUGGAUGUGGAUGGAGCAAAAGUGGCUGUUCCUGGGCUAACGAAGGAGAGGGGAAUGACAGCGUUUGCCAAAAGAUGGAUUUUGGGAAAAACUUUUCUAGGCCAGAGAUCUCCUCCAUCACACCCAGUGUCGUGUCGUUCCACGGCAGAAACCAUGCAACGUUGUCAGGUCGAAACCUCAGAGAAGUGAGCGGAGUGAGGAUCCAGGGGGACCUGGACUGUACUCCACAAGAAUCUCCUGUGUGGAACAACACCGGCACGAGUCUGACGUUCCACAUUCCCAGUACAGAUAUUAAAGGUGUGGUCAAAGUGUGCGUUCUGCUCCCAGAUGGUAGUUGCCAUGGCAACACUAAAAUCACCUACCGCUCAGCGCCGUCCUGCACCGACAUUAAACCCAGCAGUACCUGGAUCAGUGGGAAGAGGAAGAUCACACUCAUGGGGUCCCACCUGGAGUUUGUGGAAGGGAUCGUCCACAGCCACGCCCCACAGGAAGUCAGACUUCCCACAGACAGCAGCAAUGAGGUGCGUCUGUAGUCGCGCUCAGCGUCCCGUUGAAUUGUUGUCUCACAUU